AAUAAGUUGUUUCACAAAGUCACAACCUAGGACUGAUAUUGACCUCUCAUUUAUCCACCAGAGCGUGAAAUGGGAGGAUCCCCCGGAUGACCAAAAUAAGGUUGUGAUGAAUAUGAAGGAUGAAACAGAGACACAUGAGACCAACAAGAACAGGACAGGAGGCAAGGCUAAACGUAAGUCCAGUGGCCGUGCCAAGAAGACUUCCGUGGAGGAGGACAGCAGCAUUGGUGCAGAGUCUUCUCAGACACCCGGGUGUGGUUUCCGGGAAAGGGGAUCUAUCAUUGAGCAGCUGGAGAAGGAGGCUCAGAGGACUCUAAUGCCUUCUCUCAAGAUUGAGACAUGCUGUGCCCCAAUCCUCCUCUCCUUCCUGAGGAGUCUAACUGAUGACCAAUGGAGAGUGAUUCAGCAUGGCAUGAAAAAUAACCUCACAUUCGAGCAGCUCUCCAUGCUGUGUCUGAAGAUUGUUAAAGUCGUGACCCAGACAGCCCUCCGCAUUCUCCUACCAGCGCUAGCUCGUAUCAUGGGGGUGAACCUGAGGAGUGGGGCAACCUCCCCAGAAUCCCAGUGCUCUCUGACAGGGUCUGAGGAUUCCUUAGGCAGUCUGGAUGAGAGAGAGAAAAGGCUGCUGAUCAGUGAGAUGAACUACUGGACUAAGGAGAGGAGGAGGAAUGGCAGUGCAGGGUGCCGCCAAAAAUCCACUCGCAGAACCUCAUCACCAUGCUGUUCGCCUAAGAGGUCCCAGACCUCAUUGCAGAGCUUGCCUGCAACUAGAGAGGCUCCCCUCAUGGAGGAGCCUCUGAAGGCUCUUUUUGGGGUAACGGAAGAGAGCCUCCUGAUAUCCCUGGUUGAGGGUCACUCCAACCCCACCUCCUCCAGCUCCUCCGAGUUGAGGUGUGCUAUCGUGGGGAGGUGCUCGGGGAGUUUCCCCCCUAUGGACAGUCAGGACAUAGCAGCAGGCAAGGAGGUCAUUCGGGUAGCCUCGGUGCAGAUCCUGGCCGAGCUACAGAGCCAAACGUCUGAGCCAGAGUGGGUAGGGUUUAUCGAGCCCCUCAUGGACCCUGUGACCGAUGAUGUGCUGGAUGCCAUUGUCGGCACAAUGGACAAAAUGGCACAGGACUUCAACAUCCUAUUGGAUCUGGCCAAGAAGAUGACAAUCUUGGGGUCAAAAUGUCUGACCAAUCUUCAAUGUGACCUUGAUGUUGAGUGUCCAUCUGGGAAAGAAAGGACCACUCACUUUCUCAAAGAGACUGGAUCCUCUACCAGUGUGGUGGCCAGAAAGAUUCAGACCCUCUCUAGCCCCAACUUUCAGUCUAAAGCCCUGAAGGCGGUGAGCACCAUCCUUAAGGAAAGUCAGCAGCUCUUCUGGCAUGGCUCCUUCCUCUAG